AUAUACCUAUGUGUGGAGGGAAGGAGGAGGAGAGUGAGAGAGAAACAAGGGAGGAAACGGAGAUAAACUAGAGGAAGGUGGAGAGAAAGUUUGGUGUCCGUCAUUUUUACCUCCAUACUUAAACCCAUUUUUGGAGAGAUGGAGGGAACGGAGAGAAAAAAUGGAGAGAUGGAGAGAAAGAGAAUUUAUCUACCUAUGUGUGGAGGGAAGGAGGAGGAGAGUGAGAGAGAAACAAGGGAGGAAACGGAGAGAAACUAGAGGAAGGUGGAGAGAAAAAUCUGAUGUCCGUCAUCUUUACCUCCAUACUUAAACCCAUUUUUGUAGAGAUGGAGGUAACGGAGAGGAAAAAUGGAGAGAUGGAGAGAAAGAGAAUUUAUCUAUCUUAGUGUGGAGGGAAGGAGGGGGAGAGGAAGAGAGAAACAAGGGAGGAAACGGAGAGAAACUGGACGGGAAGUGGAGAGAAAACCUGAAGUCCGUCAUUUUUACCUCCAUACUUAAACCCAUUUUUGGAGAGAUGGAGGGAACGGAGAGAAAAAAUGGAGAGAUGGAGAGAAAGAGAAUUUACCUACCUGUGUGUGGAGGGAAGGAGGGAGAGAAAAAGAGAGAGACAAGGGAGGAAACGGAGAAAAAACUGUGCGACAUGGCUUCCCCUACCAGCCCACCGCCAUCGCUUUCGACCCCAUACAGAGGAUCCUGGCCGUCGGCACCAAGCAGGGCUCCAUAAGAAUCAUCGGUCGGCCCGGGGUGGACGUCCAUGUGAAGCACGAGGGCGACCCGGCGGUGGUGUGCCUGGCCUUCCUGAUCAACGAGGGCGGCCUGGUCAGCGCCACAGGGGAUGAUUCUUUGCACCUGUGGAAUAUACAGCAGAAGACACCGCAGAUUGUACACUCACUCAAGUUCCAGAGGGAGAGCUCCUGAUUGGCUACGAGAGCGGUCAGCUUGUCUUGUGGGACUUCAAAGGGCGCACCGCUGAAGCUCGCUACCAUUCUGCCGAACCACUGAGGUGUACCGAUCCUGUCGCUGGAGGCCCAUGCCUUGGUGCCCGGGGACAUCGUCAGUGUUAUCCGCACCUCCAGCAGCACCAGUAGCACCAGUAGUGUCGAGCUGAUGGUGCCGUGUGACCUGCUACUUCUCCGAGGGUCAUGUGUCAUCGAUGAAAGCAUGUUGACAGGGGAGAGCAUACCCCAGAUGAAGGAGGGCUUGGAGGGACUGGAGGAAAGGGAGAGAGAGACAAUGGAGAGAAAUCUCGACAUCGCUACGGACAGCAAACUUCACAUGCUGUACGCUGGGACAAAGAUCAUUCAGCACAGUUCACCACCGAAGACCACCACAGGUUUGAGAGCGGAAGGAUACUGAGAGAAGGAGGAGGAAGAAGGAAGAAGAGGAGGAGGAGGAGGAAGAGUGGGAGUGGCAGGACAUAGAAGACCCUUCGCUCUCUCUCUCCCUCGGUGCGAGAGAGAGAGAGAGGGAGAGAGAGGGAGAGAGAGAGAGAGAGAGAGAGAUGGAGCCCUGAAGCAGUACGAUCUCUAUCUGACGGGUGAGGGCCUGGCUUUCCUCCACCAGUGCCGCGUCAAGGCCCUGUCAAGAAUCCUCCCGGCCGUCAAAAUCUUCGCCAGAGUCUCGCCAAAACAGAAGGAGCUUAUCAUUACCCUCUACAAAGACCUCGGAUUCACGGCCCUCAUGUGCGGGGACGGAACAAACGACGUCAGUGCGCUCAAACACGCCCACUGUGGUGUGGCCAUCCUCUCUACAGCCCCGGACAGACCCGUACAGCCCAAACGGAGACAGACAGAGCGGCAAACGGAGAGACAACCGGACAAAAUCAGACAGCGGAAGGCAGUGCGUUCGGGAGGGCAAAACUUGGCACCACAGCAGGUCAGUGAAAGUGAACAGCUUCAGCGGGCACAGUUGCAGUUGAAUAAGCUGCUACAGGACUUUGAAGAUGAGACCAACACCCUCGUCAAGCUUGGAGACGCAUCUAUAGCCGCGCCCUUCACCUCCAAGCUCUCCUCCAUACAGUGUGUGUGCCACAUCAUCAAGCAGGGCCGCUGUACGCUGGUGACCACACUGCAAAUGUCCAAGAUCCUGCCUCUUAACGCACUCAUCCUAGCCUAUUCUCAGAGCGUGCUGUACUUGGAUGGUAUCAAGUUCAGCGACUACCAGGCUACACUACAGGGACUCCUACAGGCCGCCUGCUUCCUCUUCAUCUCUAGGUCAAAGCCGCUGCCGGAGUUAAGCGCUCACCGACCUCUACCAAAUAUCUUCAAUAUCUAUACGGUUGCGACGGUGCUUCUACAGUUUGGUUGCCACUUUACCGCCCUGCUCUACCUGGUCAACCAAGCCAACCACCUGGACAACCACACUGCUAUAGGGGGGGCGGCGGUGGACCUGGAGAAGCAGUUUGAACCUUCUCUCCUUAACUCCACUGUGUACAUAAUCUCGCUGGCUCUCCAAGUAUCAACCUUCGGGAUCAACUACAGGGGCCGACCUUACAUGGAGGGGCUGAGCGAGAACCGGCCGCUCCUAUACAGCCUCAUGGGAGCCUUUGGUCUCAUCCUCGCUCUCUCCCUCGGCAUCUUCCCGAUCUUUGGGAGGCAGUUUGAGAUCGUCGAGUUCCCGAGUGAGUUCCGGGUGACCCUCAUACAAGUUCUGUGCCUGGACUUCGCGCUGUCGUUCGUCAUAGAUAGAGUCUGCCUAGCAUUCUUUGGGGAGGGCAAGUUGGCACCCUCCCUGCGGCACUGAGAGAGAGAGAGAGAGAGAGAGAGAGAGAGAGAGAGAGAGAGAGAGAGAGAGAGAGAGAGAGAGAGAGAGAGAGAGAGAGAGAGAGAGAGAGAGAGAGAGACAGAGAGAGACACACACACACACACACACACACACACACACAGAGAGAGAGAGAGAGAGAGAGAGAGAGAGAGAGAGAGAGAGAGAGAGAGAGAGAGAGAGAGAGAGAGUAAUUAUUAAGUCUAUUUGUAUUUUUUUCUUUAUUUUUUUAUUUUUUUGAGAAAGUUAAAAAAAAUAUGAAAAUAAAUAAAUAAAUAAAUGUUUUUUGCACUG